AUGAAUCAUUUGGUAUUAGAAGAUACGGACUGCCCAUCAGUGCGCUUUUAUUUUUUAAAAUUUAUUCCUAUGCUACAACGAAAAAGUUGUGAAUGUCCGACAAAGCAUGAGAAAUUUGGAUGUGUAUCAAAAAGAAUGAAAGCUGAGUCAUCCGAACUAUCGAAAUUAUUAAUCCGGCAGUAUGAUGUAGUUUACACUCGAAUUAACUGGUUACGAUCAAGAUGUCGUACAUUCGGAUCGAAAAAAAUGAUGACUCUUCAAUCAAAGAAGGUCAACGACAAUGAAAAAAAUUGUCAUCGAAAACGUCCAGGUUGGUUACAAUAUCAUGAUUCUGGUUUAUCAAUAAGUAGUCCUAAUACAACUUGGAUACGUAUGGUAUCUAAAAGUAUCAAUAAUACAAACUUUUCCGUAAAAAAUGGUGGUUAUACUGAAAAUACAUUUCCAUUUGUUAAUCAAGAUGGUGAGUAUAUUUUACUUUAUUCAACUGGAUAUUUUCGAAUAAAAUUAGUAGAACGAGAAAUGAUUGUUAGAGAUGAAAUUGAAACAACGCUUUCUAUGUAUGAUCAUUUUUCAGAUAAUAUUUCACAUAGUUUUGAUUGGCAAUCAAGUACAAUUACAAAUGAAGUUAAUAAUAUUAUGAUGGAAAUUGAAAAUAAUUUACCAACAUUUUUAAUCAACGGCAAAAAUCAAAGUUGA